AUGGAAGGGCUCCGGCGUCUUCUCGGGCUUUUGCUCGUUCUCUAUCGUCUCUGCUCGGCGCUGGGAAAGAACUUGGAGCCGGUCACAUGGAACUCGCAGAACCCGCGGUUUAUAUCUGGAAAGGGCCUGGUUCUAUACCCUGAAAUUGGCGACCGCUUGGACAUUAUCUGCCCCAAGGGGGACUCUUCCCAGCCUUAUGAAUACUAUAAAUUGUACAUGGUUCGCCGGGACCAGUUGGAGGCGUGCAGCACAGUCAUAGAUCCCAAUGUUUUGGUGACGUGCAACCAGCCUGGGAAGGAAUACCGCUUCACUAUCAAGUUCCAAGAGUUCAGCCCCAACUACAUGGGCCUUGAGUUCCGAAGAAACCAGGACUAUUACAUCACCUCCACCUCCAACAGCACUCUCCAGGGCCUGGAAAACCGAGAGGGGGGCGUGUGCCAGACACGAUCCAUGAAAAUCAUAAUGAAGGUCGGGCAAGAUCCUAAUGCAGUGCCACCAGAGCAACUCACUACCACCCGCCCUAGCAAAGAGGCUGAUAACACAGGGAAAAUCGCAACAUUUGGGCCGUGGAAUGGUCCUGUAGAAAACCCUGGAAAGUCAGACACAAACCUGUCUGAUAAACCCACGGCAGGUGGGGGUGUGGACGGCUUCUUCAACUCCAAAAUUGCCGUCUUUGCAGCGAUUGGAGCAGGAUGUGUCAUCUUCAUCCUCAUCAUCAUCUUCCUGGUAGUCCUCUUAAUUAAGAUCCGCAAACGUCAUCGUAAACACACGCAGCAGCGGGCGGCCGCCCUGUCCCUAAGCACACUGGCCAGCCCCAAAUGCAGCGGCAAUGCAGGCAGCGAACCCAGUGACAUCAUCAUCCCGCUGCGGACUACAGAGAACAAUUACUGCCCACACUAUGAGAAGGUGAGCGGGGACUACGGCCACCCUGUCUACAUCGUACAGGAGAUGCCGCCUCAAAGCCCUGCAAACAUUUACUACAAGGUUUGA